AAAAAUAAUAAUAGGGAUGAGUUAGAAUUUUUUUUAAGAUGGGCAUCGUCGUCACCUACCUCAAAAAUUAACACACCAUUUUGGUUUCGUCGUCGCCUUCCAGUUCGUCUUCCAACUCUGAAUUGUUGUAUAUAGUUAUAAAAGCGGUGAAGUGUUCUGAUUACUGAAACUUUCGACUUUUGUAUCUUCUUUAAAGUCCAUAUGGAUCAGAGGCUUGUAUUUCCAAAGGGUGACCUUUCUCCUCAUGAUUCUGCUAGCGAUCCUGAGGAAAAAGAAUUCAGUGAUGACGACGAUGAUGAUCGUAAUCACAAACAUCGGAGAAGAGAGACACAGACUCAAUCACUGGAAAGAGAUAUUGGACAAGCUUCAACAAGGCCGUACAGAAACCGGAACAAGCCCUUUGAAAAUGGGCAUCCUCAUAGGGAAUCCGCUUCUCAAUCUAAUGAAACAUGGCGAAAUUACAACAUGCCACCUCUCGAGAAAGAUUUUCCUGGAAAGUUUGACAGAAGACGUCCUGGCUCAACACCUAUUUCUCGAGCUCCCUUGGAUUUGAACCAGAGAGGCAGGGGGAACCAAUCAUGGACUGGUGAUCCUGGAUCUGGUAGAGGUAGAGGAAGGGAACCCUGGGGUGUACGUGAUUCUAGGUUUAGCUCCCUCGAUUUCAAUCCUGCCAUAGCUCAACAGGGUUAUGUCCCUUCAAGUCUAUUUGCAGGACGGGGAAUGUCAAGUGUUUCAAAUCCACAAAGUGCAUCCUGGACCGCAUUUGGAUUGGUUCCGGGAUUACCAAAUGGUGGCUUAGAUAGCCUUCAUCCCCUUGGUUUGCAAAGAACACUUAGAGCGCCUAUUAAUCCUUCAAUGAAUAUGGGCAUGCCUCACCAAAGAUGUAGGGACUUUGAGGAGCGUGGCUUUUGCUUGAGAGGAGACAUGUGUCCUAUGGAACAUGGUAUCAAUCGAAUUGUCAUCGAGGAUGUUCAGAGCCUUUCUCAGUUUAAUCUACCUGUUACACUUCCAAGUGCGCACAUGAUGGGUGCUUCUGCUGCUCCCGGACCUUCUUCUGCAGUAAGUGCCCCUUCAAGCACAUUGGGAAAUGGACAAGGUGUAUAUAGCAAAAGUGGCAAGGCUGGAGCCGAGAAUGAUGGAUUGGGUUCAAAUGGUGAUGCUAUUGGAUCUGCUGUUGCAACUGGAGCUGAUUUUUACGAUCCUGAUCAGCCUCUUUGGACAAAUGAUAGUGCCCAAACUUCAACUGAGCUCCUAUCGUCAGAUCCUACAAAGGUCACUCGAGGUGAUAAUCAAUCAGUCCCGACUCAUGAUCAGCAUAUUGGAUUGUACAGUGGUUCUGCCAAUGAGCGUCCAGUUAAAAACCCUGUGACUGCUUUAGGAUCGCAUAGUACAAAUUCAUCAGUCCGAGGACAAAGUAGUAGUUUGAAAAAUAGGGUAAAUUCUGUUCAAACUGUCACUACAAAUGAAGAUCAUGUCUUGGACACUGUUGAAGAUGCUGUUGGGCAUCAGGGGAAGAUGAAGAAUGCAGAUGAUAUUGUUUCACAUUCCAUGGAAGCAAUGAAGACACUUAAUAGCACUGCACGGUUUAUUCAAAAGCCAUCUCAAAAGGCUAGAUGUACUUUAUUUGUCAGUGGUAUACCCCAGAAAGACAAUAGAAGAGAUGCCCUUUUAUCACAUUUUCAAAAAUUUGGGGAGGUUAUCAACGUUUAUAUCCCCGUAAACAGUGAGCGGGCAUUUGUUCAGUUUUCUAAGCGGGAAGAAGCUGAGGAUGCUUUAAAGGCACCAGAUGCGGUAAUGGGCAAUCGCUUUAUAAAGCUGUGGUGGGCUAAUCGUGACAAUGUUCCUCUUGUUGGGAUGAGCACUGGCGGUACUGUACCCUUAGCUUCUUCUAUUGUGUCAGCUACCUCAGUUCCAGAUGUUCCAGCUGUUGCAACCAAAGAUGUUCCCAAGGGCGGUAGUUCGCAUGAAUUAGUUUCAUCAUUGAAUUCAUUUGAUCAGCUUAAAUCUGUGGCGACCAAUGGUCCAACAGCUGCUAUGCAGAAAAAGGUGGAGAAUUUAGAUUAUUUGAAGGAGAUUCGCAAGAAGCAAGAGAUGCUCGAUAGGAAACGGAGUGAGUUUAAACGUCUAUUGGAGAGAAUGGAGAAACAAAAACAGGCUGCAGGUAGCAAAUCUGAACUUGCUGUGGAACAGGCAGCUAAAAGACCUAAAGUGGAAAUUGUAGCUGAUGUACAAAAAGCUGGAAGUCCAGUUUUAGUUGGUUCUAGUUCUAUUGUUCCCUCAAUUCAAGCUGAACUGACUGAUAGAAGCAGAACUGGACGGAAUACUAAACCUCAUAGCUCUGAUACCAGUAUGGUGAUGGCAUUGACAGAAUCUUCAAGCUUUAAACAGUCAACUCGUCAGCAGGCACCGGCAGGGACACCCUUUGUAAUGAAUAGAUUUAAAUUGGAUAAUCGGCCGACCUCAUUCAAGAUCGUUCCACCUCUACCUUCUGGUCUCGCUAAUGUUGCUGCUUUGAAAGAACAUUUCUCAACAUUUGGCGAGCUUGCUAAUCUGGAUCUGGAAGAUAUAGAGCUUGGAGAUAACACUGAUGAGACGAUGAAAUUGAACAAAUGUGCUUCUGUAUAUUUCACUACUCGUCAUUCUGCUGAAAAGGCAUUCUCUAAUGGCAAAUGGUGGAAGGGCCACAGCAUGCAGUUUAUAUGGCUGACUUCUAGUAACUCCGGCAAAGAGGAUACUGGCAGAGAAAAUCCUUCUUCUCCUACAAAAGGUUCUUCAGAUGCUAAUGGUCAGCCCGUAGGAGAAGGUGCAUUGUUGGUUUCCCAGAAAAAACCAAUGUCGGGAGAUGAGGAAUCUGAGAAUUCGGAACGAAGAGAUAAAAGUUCUGAUCACUUGGGGGCUGAUGACGAAAUGCAUUCAAGUUUGACCCCAGUGUCAUUGGAGAAGCAGUCAUCUCAGGGGUGAUGUUUGUUUAGGAUGACCCAGUUUUUGAGAAGUUGUAUAUUAAGGUAAAUGUUAAGUAUACCUAGAUAUAAGUUCAGGUGUUUAGCAAUUGCUUAAUUUUUGUUUCUGAUUUUUCACUGCCAGCUGUGAAAAAUGGCUGGUCAACUGGUUCUUUAGAGGUGUUGUGAAUCAAAAUAUCUUGGGAUUUUGGUUGAUUAUUCCUAUUCAAUAAACCGAUACUGUAUCAUUUUAGAACGUUUAAUUCAUGCUUCCAGUUUAGUUUCCUUCA